GUCGAAACCUGCCAGAGACCCGGAAGUAGUUUGCGGUGUUCUUGAAGCGCAGGUCGUGCGGGAGUCCCUAGUCAUACCUCGGCGUAGUUCACCUUGGAGUGGCAUGCGCUUUUAUAUAUAGUGUAUAUAGUGUAUCUAGAUAAAUAUAUAUAUAUUUAUAUAUCAGAAAUCGUUGCACCGCCGUCCUCCUCCUCAUCAUUAUCAUGUCUCUGGCCGCCGAGGCGUUCGUGUCGCAGAUCGCGGCUGCUGAGCCUUGGCCCGAGAACGCCGCGCUCUUCCAGCCCCUGAAAGAUGACCAAGUACUGCUGUCGGACUGCGCCUCGUCGCUGGCGGUCCAGGCGUACCUGCGCAUGUGCAACCUGCCGGUGCAGGUGUGUUGCCGGGCCAACGCUGAGCACAUGUCCCCAUCUGGCAAAGUUCCCUUUAUCCACGUGGGGAACCAGGUCGUUUCAGAGCUCGGUCCCAUAGUGCAGUUCACCAAGGCCAAGGGCCACUCCCUUAGCGAUGGCCUGGAUGAUGUGCAGCGGGCUGAGAUGAAGGCCUACAUGGAGCUGGUGAACAACAUGCUGCUGACUGCUGAGCUGUACAUCCAGUGGUGUGAUGAGGCAACGGCAGCACAGAUCACCAGGCCGAGGUACAGCAGCCCUUACCCGUGGCCCCUUAACCACAUCCUGGCCUACCAGAAGCAGUGGGAAGUGCGCCGCAAGAUGAGCGCCAUCGGCUGGGCGGGGAAGAGUCUGGAACAGGUGUAUGAAGAUGUCAGUCAGUGCUGUCAGGCUCUGUCGCAGAGGUUGGGGACCCAGCAGUAUUUCUUCAACAAGCAGCCGACAGAGCUGGACGCCCUGGUGUUCGGUCACCUCUUCACCAUCCUUACCACACAGCUGACCAGCGACGAGCUCAGCGACAAGAUCAAGAGCUACAGCAACCUGCUGUCCUUCUGCCGGCGCAUUGAGCACAACUACUUCCAGGAGCACGAGCGCCCGGGCCUCGACCCUCUGUCCAUACGGCCCUCGUUGAUGUGAGCGCCCCCACCAGGGUCCCCGCUGCAUCGCGUUUCUGCCGUUCCCCCCACGAUGUGGUCGGUUCUGCGGAGGAGCUGUCGGUUGCCCAUUUGUACAGAUGACCUCGUUUCCAUUGUUUGUUGCAUGUCAUUAUUGUUAGAAAUAAAUAAAAGUCCAAUAA